GGGGCCGAGGACGCAGCUUCUCUGCUCGCCCGCCCGGGACGCCGCGCCACCCGCCCCCUGCAGCCUGUGUUGCAGCUGCCGGCCACCGGAGGGGGCGAACAAACGUCAACCUGUUGUUUGUCCCGUCACCAUUUAUCAACUCUCAGCACCACAAGGAAGUGCGGCCGCCACCCGCGCGCGGAAAGUUCAGCAUGCAGGAAGUUUGGGGAGAGCUCGGCGACUAGCACAGCGGGGCGGCCCGGGCUAGCGCAGGGCGAGCGUGGGGGCCAGAGCGCGGCGUGGUCCUGGGAGCCUGUCCCGGCUUUUUCUUGGAGCGACGCUGUCCCUAGGUCGCUGAUCCCAAUGCACCGGCUCAUCCUUGUCUACACGCUAGUCUGCUCAAACUUUUGCAGCUACCGGGACACUUCUGCAACUCCGCAGAGCGCAUCCAUCAAAGCUUUGCGCAACGCCAACCUCAGGCGAGAUGAGAGCAAUCACCUCACAGACUUGUACCGAAGAGAUGAAACCAUCCAGGUGACAGGACACGGCCAUGUGCAGAGUCCCCGCUUCCCAAACAGCUACCCCAGGAACCUGCUUCUAACCUGGCGGCUCCAUUCCCAGGAGAAAACAAGGAUACAGCUAGCCUUUGACAAUCAGUUUGGAUUAGAGGAAGCGGAAAAUGAUAUCUGUAGGUAUGAUUUUGUGGAAGUUGAAGAUAUAUCUGAAACCAGCACCGUUAUUAGAGGACGAUGGUGUGGACACAAGGAAGUUCCUCCAAGGAUAACAUCAAGGACAAACCAGAUUAAAAUAACAUUCAAGUCUGAUGACUACUUUGUGGCUAAACCUGGAUUCAAGAUUUAUUAUUCUGUUGUGCAUCUAUCACAGUCUUUCCUAGGGCAAGGCAGCCCAGCCAUAGGGGACCAGAGCUUUGCUGUGAAGCACACUUUGGAUCAAAGGAAAUUUCCCCAGUUACUAAUGGAAGAUUUCCAACCUGCAGCAGCCUCAGAGACCAAUUGGGAGUCAGUCACAAGCUCAAUCUCAGGGGUAUCCUAUCACUCUCCAUCAGUAACGGACCCCACUCUCACUGCGGAUACUCUGGACAAAACCGUUGCAGAAUUUGAUACUGUGGAAGAUCUGCUCAAGCACUUCAAUCCAGAGUCAUGGCAAGAAGAUCUUGAGAAUCUGUAUUUGGACACCCCUCAUUAUCGAGGCAGGUCAUAUCAUGACAGGAAGUCAAAAGUUGACCUGGACAGGCUCAAUGAUGACGUCAAGCGUUACAGUUGCACGCCCAGGAAUUACUCGGUCAACUUGAGAGAGGAGCUGAAGGUGACCAAUGUGGUCUUCUUUCCACGCUGCCUCCUCGUGCAACGCUGUGGGGGAAACUGUGGCUGUGGAACUGUCAGCUGGAAGUCCUGUACGUGCAAUUCAGGGAAAACUGUGAAGAAGUAUCACGAGGUGUUAAAGUUUGAGCCUGGCCAUUUCAAGAGGAGGGGCAGAGCGAAGCACAUGGCUCUCGUUGACAUCCAGUUGGAUCACCAUGAGCGGUGUGACUGUAUCUGCAGCUCAAGACCACCUCGAUAAAAGAAUGUGCACAUACUUACAUUAAGCAUGAAAGAACCUUUAUUUUAAGAAGGGUGUGGUAAGAGACCCCUUUCCCACCAGCAACCGAACUUACUAUUAGCCUGCAAAGCAAUGAAUACAAGUGGUUGCUGAGUUUCAACCUAGCUUUGGUAGUGUCAUGAGUAGAAAGGUGUAUCAUCAAUCUCUAUAUCCAAGAAUAUAGGAUUGCAUUUAAUAAUAGUGCCUGAGGAUAUAUAUGUAUAUAUAUCCAUGUCUCUGUGUAAAUAGAUCAUAUGGUUUAUUCAGUAUAUAUAACCAGGUACACCAGAGCUUACAUAUGGUUUAAUUACCUAGACCUUUAAAAUCUGACAAAAUAAGGGACAUAGUAAACACAUGGAACAUGUCUUUGGAAGAUUUGGAAGAUGAAUUUGUUUAUUUUUAAGUUUUGAAUCACAAAACAAUUCUGGAUCUUGCUCUUUUAAAGAAAGCACCCUGUAUAUUAAAAACCAAUAAAUGAGAUUUUCUUAUGCAUAUAUCUUAAUUAUAACAAAAGAAAAAAUAUGGUUUCUGGGAAAAGCACAUUCCUAACCAUUUUUCUCAUGUACCACAUACUUGGCUGUAUAGACAAUAAUUUACCUGUCUCCAAAAGCAUGUCAUAAUAAUAUAAGUGCUUUAGAAACAAAACCAUUAAGGCUUCUUUUUAUGUGUCUUGCUGACACAUAUAAAUUCAUUAACACCUAUCUCCAAAAAAAUUCCCACAAGAUUUAUUAUUAUAAUCCUAUGAGAGACAAUUUAUAAGCUAUAGCAGAAUUGUUUCUUUUCAAAAACCUCUCCAUGGAAGUAACUCCUUUGGAAAAUGGCAUGAGGACUGUGCAUGAGCCGUUCAAAAUAGUGUUCAUUGAAAAAUGUGGGCAGUUGAAAGUCAAAAAAGUGAGCAUUGAAAUAUUAACAUAACUGGGAAUCGGAUGGAAUAUUUGAAUGGGAUCUAUAUUUAAUAACGGAUACAUACUCUCCAAAUUAUGCCAGUUAAUUUUACAUAUCUUGCUUUUGUGUUUCUGUCUCUUCGAUAUACAGACAUGGAUUUACAAUGGCAUUUUAUAUUUGGCAAGCCAUUAUGGACUAUUUAUAGCCUAGAAGCUUUUGUGUAUUAAAACAACCCAGUUUUAUUGAUGUAGAUUCCUAAUCAUGUACUCACUCACCAUUCAAUUCAGAUGAAUUCCUGUUUUUGAACUAAGUGAAAUUAGACCUGGGGUCUCUGGUUCUUUCCAAAUCUAUGGAGCUUGUUCUAAGAAGCCACACUGGAAAUUGUGGGUGCACAAGUUCAGCCCUGCUCUACACUAGGAAGCAGUCUUUGCACUGGGGGUUAUUAUUGGUACUUAGAGUAAUUUUUCCUCCCCGGCUCCUUAAUGUCUGUUAAGACCUCAGAGACUGACUCCAGGCAUAAGAAGUGAUUCAUCAUUCUCCAAAGCAAGUCUCUUAAGAGAGUGACACUGAAAUCAAGAUAGCUCAGGGACUGCUCAGAGAGAAUGACAAGUUUCUUCUCACCUUGAAAGAAAAUAGGAGAGCCAGUUUCUUCCCUGAGUCCAGGGCCCUACUGACUACAGCCAAGUUGAGUGAAGGCUAUGUGACUGGGUCUCAUUAAGCCCCAGUGUCAGAGGAGCGGCCUAAAUAUACUUGGAUUUCUGAGCGUGGUGCUUUCAGGACCAAGUUCUCAACCAUCCUUAGGAGUUCAUUUCUGCUCAGCUCUUUGAAAGGCCAAUGCUUAUUGAAGAUGUUCCUUCAAGAAUUCCCUGAAAGUGUCCAGUGUUUUUACCUCAGGGGAUGACUGGUAAAAAUAAAUACUCUAUUGCUGAGUUGCCCGAAAUCCCAGAGCACAAUCAGAAAUAGCUGAAGCAGACCCUCUAGUAAUCAGGAACCACUCUUCCCCUCCAUGCCUCUUCCAAGUUUCCUAUGGAAACAUAGCCUUCCUGUACCAAAACCCAAAUUUGUGUUAUAUCACUAGCUUGUUCAGCUGUAAGUAUGAAGAAUUAGAGUGUUCUACCCAGUUUUCAAUAAACCUUCCAGGUUGCAAUAACCAGGAUGGUUUUCAUUUAAAGCCCCAUCUGUACUUUUUAUUUAUUAGCUGAAAUGUAAGCAGGCAUAUUCACUCACCUCUUUUUUUCUUUCCUGAGUGUUUUAUUAAAACUUCUCCCUUGGUUAUCUGUUAUCUAUUGCACUUUUAACAUGUAGCCAAUAAAUCUGUUUCACUGCCAUCAAAGGGAUAAAAAGAUCACCGUACAAAUUACAUUUCAAAAUAAAUCCUAAUAAAUCCUCAUUUCUGCAUGGCUCACUCACCUGGAAUAAUGCCUUCUGUUCAAUAUGUUUUUAUAGGGCAGAGCACUUUUGUAAGUAGAAUUUUUCAUGUUUUUUUUGUCAUAUCAGUAACAUGCAGCUUUUUCGUCUUGUAGCAUUUUCUAUAACAAAUGUAAU